AUGGCUGAAGCACAGGAACGUGAGAGUAAUCAAAUCUCCGUUCAACAAUGCCUUAAACUGGCGAUGAUGCAUGUAGAGAAACCACAAGAUACAAAGAUACGGUGUAAUAGGCUUACGGAUAAACAUCGUCCUUUCGUCCCUUCCGCCAUGCGGAAAUUGGUCUUCCAAACCAUUUGUGAUUUGGCACAUCCAGGCCUACGUGCGUCCAUGAAACUAAUCACAAGGCAUUUGUCUGGCCAGGAAUACAAACAGACAUCGGAAAACCACUACCUCCUCACCAUUAUGGACCACUUCGCACGAUGGUCAGAAGCCAUUCCAAUACCGGACACACAGACGAUGGCAAUUGCUGAAACCUGUCAUUCACUGGGUUUCCAGGUUUGGCACCGAAACGAAAAUAAAAUCACGUGCGCCUACCAUCCACAAGCUAACGAUUUGAUAGAACGUUUCCAUCGUCAGCUAAAAGCCUGUCUGAGAUGCCAGAGGAACCCGGACGAUGGACAGACUUGUCUUUAG